CAGAGCACAAGCUUCAUCAGAGGGUUUUGUGUUAGUACUACAUAAAACAUCUACAAAAGGAGGAGGUCAAGAGAACCAAUAAAGGAAAUAUUUUUUCUUUCCUUUCACAAAACUACAAAAAGUAACCAAGAAAGAAAGGAAAAAACGAAGAACACAAAGGGAAAAAAAUGCAAGCUGCUUCGCUCUCAAAGAAUUGGCGUUUUGAUAGUACUGUGGGUCCAGAAGACAUAGAUCCUUCGUCAUUUCAAGGUAUUGUGUGCACUGACUUUCCAAAAAAGAAAGGUCUGAGCGUAAGUGAGAGGAGGGAACUGAUCCACGCAUUGUCGAACCAGCCAGAAGAAGCAUCAGAGCUUUUAAACUCAUGGAGCCGAGAUGAGAUAAUGAAGAUCAUAUGUGCAGAGAUGGGGAAAGAGAGGAAGUACACUGGUCUAGCCAAACCGAAACUCAUAGAAACCCUACUCAAACUUGUGUCUCGUCCUCUCGGAGAAACCUCUCCUUGUCCUCACCGUAAAAGAAAAUCGAAAAAGAAACGGAAGACGACGGCCAGUUACAUCAUUUGCUGCGAGAAUAUAGCUUGUAGAGCUGCGCUUGGAACCGAGGACGCCUUUUGCAGACGAUGUUCUUGCUGCGUUUGUCAGAACUUUGAUGAAGAUAAAGAUCCGAGUCUGUGGCUUACUUGCGAGGCUUGUGGGUUGUCUUGUCAUUUGGAAUGUGCUUUGGAGCAAGCGAGGUAUGGGAUUGGGUGUGGUGAUGAUGAAGUAGAAAGAGCGGUUGAUGGUAGGUUUUACUGCGUGUUUUGCGGCAAAGAUAAUGACUUGCUCGGAUGCUGGAGGCAACAAGUGAAGGUGGCGAAAGAGACUCAACGUGUGGAUGUUUUUUGCUACCGUGUUUCAUUAGGACAGAAGCUGUUGAGAGGUACAAGGAAGUAUCAAUAUCUGUUGGAACUGAUGAAUGAGGCGGUGAAGAAGCUAGAGAGUGAUGUGGGUCCGUUAUCGAUGAAGAUGGCUAGCGGUAUGGUCCAAAGGCUUUCUUCAGGGUCACAAGUUCAGAAGCUGUGUUCUCUGGCAAUGGAAGCUGUGGACAAAAUGGUCUCACCGCCAUUAGCAUCUGUUUCAGGACAAGGUGACAAGUUGAGCGUGAGAGUAGAAGAGAUUCAAGCAAGUUCAGUCACUGUCGUCAGAUUAGACUCCGAGGAACCGUCAUCUUCUUCACAAAACCUCACGGGUUUCAGGUUGUUUUGCCGAAAGACGAAGGAGGACGGAGAGUGCUCGUCCCAGGUGAAUUGUGUUGUUCAUCAACCUGAGACGAGGUCUACCAUCCAAGCACUUGAACCCGUGACCGAGUUCUGUCCGAGGGUCGUGGCCUUUAACGAGGAAGGCGACUUAGAUGAAUCUGAGCUUGAGUUCUCAACGUUGAAGGAUGAAGCUGGGAACAUGCAAGGCCUAUUGACAAACUCUAGCACUGGUCUUUGUAGCAAUCCAUCUUUACCCGAAGAUGCAUCUAAUAAUGUCCUUACAAGCUGCUGCAAAGAAAAUGGCGACAAUGACAACGCUGAAGUAGAAUCCGAGCUUGAAGACGAGAGGCUCGUAAAAAGGAAAGUUAACGAGAUAGAGGGAAGAGAGGUGCUUAUAAUAACACCCUGCAGGAGAGAUACUUAUAAGGGCAAGCAAGAAGGGAACAAAAGAUCCAAACCAAGAACAGCAACCGUGAACGAGAAACCCAAGACCAAUGUAGCAAAAGGAGAUAAUGACUUGGGUUAUAUCGUGAAGACCAUUAGAUGCUUAGAGCAAGAAGGGCAUAUAGACAAGAGUUUCAGGGAAAGGUUCUUGACAUGGUAUAGCUUAAGAGCUACACAUCGUGAAGUCAGAGUUGUGAAGCUUUUUGUGGAGACAUUCACGGACGAUCUAUCCUCUCUGGGACAACAGCUAGUGCAUACAUUCUCAGAAUGCAUGGUCAGUAAGAGAUCAUCAACAACUGGCGUUGUUGUACCUGAUGGAGUCUGCCUCAAGCUCUGGCAUUAGAA